CAGACAUGGGGAUGAUAUUGAAACUUGUGGUGCAGAUUUUCUGCCUCAGCGUUGUAGCUUUCGCCAUACCCGUCAGCCUUCUCGAAGACAUCAAAGAUGCACAACUGCAAUCUCCAUUACGAGCUAACAAAGUUAAAAGAGCACAAGAAGUUUUGAUGUUUGGAAAUCAACAGAACAGAGCCGUGAAUACAUAUGGUAGUCCUAAACAAGAAAAAAGAGAUGUUGGAGAUAACUCAUUACCCGACGACGUUCCCACCUUGCCCAAUAUUAUACCUCAGAUGGAAGAACAGGGUUACGACAGCAAUCAGCUUGGUGCCGGGGAGAAGUAUGAGAAGUCAUAUCCCUACAUCAGCAGGGAACCUAAUUACGGGAUGUUAUUACGAAACGCAGCAUUAAAAGAAUCUCUUCAUAAUGAACCAGUUUUAGGAUAUGGUGACCUAUCAUUGUACAACAUGAUGGAUGCGAGGCGAAAACGUGAUGUGCACAAAGGAGGAACUACUACUAAAAACAGCUUCCGUUCAAAAAGAGAUUAUGAUCCAUACGAUUUAAGCCCUGAAGAGAUUAUAUCCCUCAUGAGAUUGUUGGAAUCUCAGAGAAGACAAACUGGCAGAGUUCAUGACCAAAGAAACAAUUGGCCUGGAUAUGGAGCAGAUUCUGAGGACUUUGAACUACCAGAACGACAUGAAGAAAAUGAAGUUGACAGUGACUCAAAUUUUAGCCAUAAUGGGGUCUGGAUGGAUGGGCCGAUUUCAUCAUUAAAUCAAAACCCACAUGACAGUGACUUUUGGCCAAGAAAAUUUAAGAGAUUUAUGGUUUCUAAGCGUCGUUCUGAUGAACCCCUUUCUCAGUUAAACUCCCCUUAUGAUUUUCCUGAGGGUGUACCUUUGCAGCGACGUUUUAUUUUAUAAAUAUGAGGCCUAUUGCAAAACAGCUCUAUGAAUAUAUUUUAUUAAAUACACAUUUAUAUAUUUAGGGU